CCACAGCCACCUAAUUGCAGUGAUUUAGGGUUUAGAGAGAGAGAGAGAGAGAGAGAGAGAGAGAUGGGAGGUAAAGGAAGAAGACGAAGAGAGAAGAACUACAAUGCAGCGCACGGAGGCUACACAAGGCUGCCGCCACCACCUGAUUAUUCCCAAGCCGACGCUUUGCCCUCUAAACUUCGCAAACUCCUCGCCUUCACUAAAUCUCAUGACCCUCAAGACUCUUCUUUCAAGGUCGUAAAAGCUGCUGAACGAAAACAGAGGGAAAAUGGAGUUGAUGCUGCUGAGCCAAAACCCACGGAUGAAGUGGACUUCGAGACUGGUUUUGAAGAUGAGGGUGAUGCUGAGAAUUUGGAACCUCAACAUACAGAUGAGAAGAGAAAGAAGAAAAGAAAGAGAAAGCAACCGCAUGACCUUCGGUUUGAAACAGAAGCAUCGAAGCAAUCAGAAACUCGACUAAAAAGAAAGGAGCGCAAGAAAAAGUACUUGGAAGCAAAGAAAAACAAAAAGAAAAAGGGCAAGAAAGAAGAGAAUAUAGACUUUCCUGGACGUGAGGAAAUCAAAUUUGGAGACGUAGUUCAAGCUCCUCCAAAGUUGGUUGUGCCUAAGGCAUUGAAGAAUGUACAAGAUGCUUCUAAGGAGAGGGUUCGAGUCAAGGCAAUCGAGGCGUAUAGGCAACGGAAAGGAUGGAAUGCAAGGCCAGGAAUUCAGCUUCCUCCUCCUGUGACCUCAACAGCAUUGUAAUUGGUGAAACCAUUAUGGAUACAUGUCUUGAAGUUUGUGACUCUAUAUCAGGGGGUACUAUGCCUCUGCAAUUUUGUAAUUUAUGCAGCGAGAGUUCAUUUGCUACAGUCUAGGAAUUUGUAAGUGCUGGUUAAAUUUGUAAUGUAUGGAAAGAGGAUGGAGUAUUUUUGUUGUUGAUA